GAGUCAGGCUGGGAGCGGAAGCGGCGCGAAGUGCGCGUAAAAUGGCGUCGUCGUGAAGUUGCAUGUUGUGGGGGGGCCUCCGCUGAGUCCGUUGGGAGGAACCGCCAGUUUUCGCCGCAGCCUCCCUCCGCCAACUCUCGCCAUGGCGGUGACCGUCACCCUGAAGACUCUGCAACAGCAGACAUUCAAGAUCCGAAUGGAGCCUGACGAGACGGUCCGAGUACUUAAGGAGAAGAUUGAGGCUGAAAAGGGCAAGGAAGCUUUCCCCGUGUCAGGCCAGAAGCUUAUAUAUGCUGGCAAGAUCCUGAGUGAUGAUGUCCCCAUCAAGGAAUACAAGAUUGAUGAGAAGAACUUCGUAGUGGUGAUGGUCACCAAGAACAAAACAGGCUCAGGAGCUCCUGUUUCUUCACCCACUGAUGCAGCAGCCACCUCAGAACCCACGCCCUCCUCUGGGCCUAUGGCAGCUACUGUUUCACCCCUUCAAGCUUCCCCACCAAGUGAGGAAAAGCCUCCUGAAGAGUCCGUGACUGUUUCUCCCCUGGAAUCUACAGUUGGCUCUGUUCCCUCUUCAGGUAGCAUGGGAUGUGAAGAUGAUGCAGCUUCCACUUUAGUUACUGGCUCAGAAUAUGAGACAAUGCUGACUGAAAUCAUGUCAAUGGGCUAUGAGCGAGAGCGGGUAGUAGCAGCACUACGGGCGAGCUAUAACAACCCACACCGAGCUGUGGAAUACCUGCUGAUGGGCAUUCCGGGUAGUCCAGAACCUGAGAGAGCUCCCAUCCAGGAGAGCCAGCCCCAAGAUCCGCCUGCACCAGAAGGAGAGAACCCUCUGGAAUUUCUACGAGAUCAGCCCCAGUUUCAGAAUAUGAGGCAGGUGAUACAGCAGAAUCCAGCUUUGCUCCCAGCUUUACUGCAGCAGUUAGGCCAAGAGAACCCUCAGCUGCUCCAGCAAAUCAGUCAGCAUCAGGAGCAGUUCAUUCAGAUGCUCAAUGAACCUCUGGGUGAAAUGGCUGACAUCGCAGACAUUGAGGGAGAGAUGGGUGCUAUUGGGGAAGAAGCUCCCCAGAUGAACUACAUCCAAGUUACGCCUCAGGAAAAAGAAGCCAUAGAAAGGUUAAAGGCCCUGGGCUUUCCUGAGAGUCUGGUGAUCCAGGCAUAUUUUGCUUGUGAGAAGAAUGAAAAUCUGGCAGCCAACUUCCUGCUGAGUCAGAACAUUGAUGACGAGUGAUAAAGAAACAGAGUUUUAUAUAAAAUUCUCUAUAUAAAUAUUCAUUUAUUUAAAGGGGAACUACUGGGGUUGGGUGGUGAUGGUAUGAUUUGAGAAUGUCUCCAAUGAAUUGCUGGCUAGAGGAAAAUACCUUGGGAGUGGGGCAGUUGGGGGGGGGGGGGGGAGCAGAACAAAUGGACCUUCUGUUCUCUUCUCAAAAACAAGGGUGGCAUUUGAGCCCAACUGCAUCUUAAUAACAAUCCUUAGACUGACAGGCAAGGUGUUUAGGGAAAGGUUGACAUAGCAGGUGGGUGCUGUUGGACCUUCUCCCAUUUCACACGAUUGCAUGUGUGCAAACAAAUUGCUCUUUUGUUUGCAAAUUGCUCUCCUCUUCAUGCCAGUGCACAUUGCUACAAUGCUGAACUUUGUGCCCAUCAAUUAAUUCUGUUGCUGGUACUCUCCCCUUCUCUUUCCUUCAAUGUUGUUUUGAAAUCAGUUUAGUUGUCCAUCCCUAUUCAAAAGGGUGGCUUGUGUUAGGUGAGUAAUAUGCCUUCUGAUGAUCUGUUUGAUAUUUGUUCCUGUACUGGAGAGGCUGUGCCAGAGUUACGGAAUAUCUUGUAAGUCUGUGCACAAAGAUCCCAUGUUUUUUUUUCCUAUCCUGUAUUUUUUUGCCAUCAUCCAAUAAGGCAACUACCCAUCUUUAUCUAUGGUUUUCUGACACUGCUCUUAAAAUCAUUCCCGAAGAAUAUCAAGGGUACAGUUUCCCAACACUCAUCCAACUUCAAACACUAGGUUUUAAAAAACUUGUUGUUUGUUCUUUCUCUUUUUAAUGGCAUCUCAUGGUUUGGCCUGUUCUGCAGACACCUAGCUUUGAAGUCUAGCUCCUGGGAAUUGCCUGUGUAACAUCCAUGUAUACUUUUAUUAUCCAUCAUUUUAACAUUAGGAAUUCGGAGCCACAAAAUUUUAAUAUAGUAGCAAAAAAAAAAAAAAAAAGGAUUUUACAAAUCCCUGUAAUAACUGAGUAUCUUGAGAUAGCUUGAAACACAUGUUUGUUUCUCUAUUUUCUGUGUUGUGGGAAUUUUAAAGAAGUUUUCCCCCCUAGUAUUCAGAUUUUACUUGUUCAAAAUACUUUUAAUCUAAAGAUUCCCCAAAAGAGAAUCCAUUAAUAGUUGGGGAUACAAAACUAAUACAAAAUAGUUGUGUUUUAGAUAUUAGAUAUGUUUCCCUUUUUUAGUUUUGAAAAAUGAUCAAAUUGACAUUUUCCUGAAUAUUUUAAUAGAAAAAUAUGUAAAGAAAGAGCCUGUUUUAUUUAUACCUUUGAAACUGGAACUAAAUUGACUUCUGAUUAGAAAAAAUUCUUGGUAGCUAGGGAAAUUGGCUUUAAUACAUAGAUUAUAGAUAAAAAACUAUAGAAACUUUAGAUCAUCUUUCACUUUUCUGUGGGAAUGUUGGUCAAAGCUGUUUCUGGUUUGAACAUCAAUAAACCUGUCAGUUAUCACAUGUUAAAUUCCCAGCUUCUUUUGAUAAACUAAACUGCCUUUCCUCACUAUCCCCGUAAGAAGCCUGGGAAUCCCAUUCUUUCCGCUGCAGGUGCCCACUGCAAAGAGAACCAGAGUAUUAUAGCCUCUAUGCCUCCAAUAAUAAAUUCUGAAGCCAUAUGUUUCUGCUAAUUUGUGUGACAUGGUUGUGUGGCUAUGAUGACAGUGUGUAAUAUAUUGUUUAUAAGUUUAAUUUGAUUUCAGGGCUGGUGGGCAGGCAUGGAGGAAAGAAGCAAUUUAAUUCUUAAGUUUGAAAAAGUGUCCAGUGUUCAGAGUUCUUUUCCCCAACCAGAUGCCCUCCAUAUGUCUUGGACUUCACUUAUUUUAGCUAUGGAUUCUAGAAGUUGAAGUUCAUCACAUCCAGAAGGCACUGAAAUGAUUCUACUUAAGGCCUAAAAGGAUAUAGUCUAUAUCGGGGGUGUCAAAUUCAUGACAACCCAUUGUCGUCAUGUGACAUAUCACAACUUUUUCCCCCUUCACUAAACCGGGGGUGGGCAUGGCCAGCGCGUGACGCAUCUGGGCCACAGGCUGUGAGUUUGACACCCCUGGUCUAUACUGCGUGGAAAGGAAGUUAUCUUGACUGCUGGAAUUAGACCAGUUCUGCUAUGUUGUUCACUGAAGAAUUGUUUUUAAAUAGCAUCCAACGAAUUAGGCUAUAACUUAUGAUUGCCAUAUGAGUGCUUUUUGAGGUGGAAAUUUUACUUGAUCAAAAUUUUAGAUAGCAUCAUGGUAUCUUUGGGUACUAAAGAAAUUUGAAAAGCUGCUUCUGACUUGCUAUUUGGCAGUGAAAGGUGUCUGCAUGCAUGCUCAACCUGAACUGCUUGCUUCAGACUCUUAAUUUCCAAUUUCCUUAUCAGCAAGCAAGAACAUUAGUGCUGAAUUACAGCUUUCUUCAAAGUAGAUGGCUGAAUAUUGGAAUGAGUUGAUGAGUGUUGCCCCAAAGUGGAUUUGAAUGCUUUAUUUGUGCCUGAGAGCUUGGGAUUUAAGGGAGAGCUUUCAGUAGUCCUCAUUGCUCCUUUUGUCCCUUUUCAUGAUGAACAAAAACAAAAACCACCACCCCAAAAACCCAAACCCCAGGAUAAAAUAUGUAAAAUCAACAAACUGAAACACACAACUAGCAAAAUAUGUACCAUAGAAUGACCUUAUCCAAUCUGGUACUCCAGAAACGUUGGGCUAUAACCCUCUAAACACCCAACCAGAGUGAGCAUAGUGAAUGGAAGUUACAUAUUUAAUAUAUCUUGUGUAUACCAGGUUGGGGAUGGCUGAUGUACUUGUAACAAAAAUUCAGUUACUAAGCUCAAAUUUUGAUUUAAAAGCACAUGUGCAUACCAGCAUGAAAUGUUGAUACUGAGGCCUUGAUGAGAAAGAAAAAAUCACUGCUGCCUGUUUUGCUAAAGUUAGAAAGAACUGGAAGUGGAAGAAUUUGAAAAACAAUGAAACAAAAAUGUUUUUGAAGAGUUCAUCUGAUAAACAUCAUGGAAGAGUUUUCUACCAAGGCUCUUCUUCAUAAAGUGGGAUAAUAGAAUGUUGCAACUUCAGUUUGCAGGUUCUACUUGAGUGAAAGUCCUGUUAUGUCCUUCAACUUUAAUUUUGGUCUAAAUUGGUUUGGAGAGCUCUGUCCAUGCCUCCUUUCUGUCUCGGGUUGAAAUGUUCUAGGCACUGUGAAUGGAGUGUGAAAUAAACAAGUUGUUGAGGCCGCUCAGUGGCAGGAGUAUGAUGCUCCUUCAGUAAAUGUGUCUCGUUCUUUAUUUCUCAAGGGAAUUGUUUGGAUGGGAAGAAUUCUCAGCAAAACAAUUAUGUUUUGGAAGAAACAAUGGAUUUCUCAAGUUAUUAAAAGUACGAUAGUGUAAAAUUUGCACUUCUCUACAACAUUUUAAAGCAGUUGUGUCUUUCCCUGGAUUGCAUAACUGGUUUAAAGAAUUGAAAACAGGUGUAACUUUCAUGAUCUGUUUCCUCUGAAGCACUUGUUUGAAACAGUCCAAAGCAUUGCACUGCCAUGUUAGAAAGAUAUAGGAUGGAAAUUAGUGGAUUUUUCACUCUGGAUUUUGGCUGCUAACUUGCUAAACCUUGGAUUGCUGCCUUAGAAAGGGAAUUUGCAAAGCUUUGUGCAAGGGAAACAAGAAUGAAGAAUAGUAGUGUCACUAUCAUAUGGUUUACUUGGUUUUUUAAAAGUAACUGUCUUCACACAACACCCUAAAGUAAACCAUGAGCCACAGUUUACACACACAAUAGAUGGAUUCACUUAAUAUCUUAAUCAAAAGAUAGCCAACUUAAUGGUGGCUUAAUGUGAUGUGUGAUCCCAGCUACAUUUAUUGCAUUGAGUCAUACAGGUAGUUCUUGACUUUCGAGCAGAACUGGGAUGAGAAUUCCUGUUAAUAAGUGAUGUCAUUGAGUUAUACUCAAUUACCCUACUUUUUCUGCUGUCAUUGAGUCACAUUAAGUAAAUCCAACUUCCCCCAUUGACUUUGCUUGUCAAUAACACACCGCCCCCCCUUUUCCCCCAAGGUUCCAAAUGGUAAUCAAAUGGUGAUUGCAACCAUUGUAAAUACAUGCCAGUUGCUGAAUUUUGAUCAAGUGACUGAAGGGAUGUUUUGAUGGUUACAUGUGUGAGGACCAGUUAUAAGUCACUUUUCAGUGUUGUCACUUCAAAUGGUUGUAAGUUGAGGACUACCUGUAUAGUAAAAUUAAAGAUUCAGUUUGUGUCCAAUUUUAGUAGCUGACAUUUCUGCCUAUUCAGAACUAUAAAGUACUAAUCUCUAAUUCUCUACAGACAGGAAGAAAGCCUGGCUCAUCUGAUAUAAUGUUCCCUGCUUGGAGGCAAUUUUCAGUCACAUUGGUGGUUAUUUGCUGCCUCAUGGCCUCUUGGUCAGUACCACCUGGGGUCUUUGCUCAACCAUACAAAAAUUGCUCUUGUCAGGCUGGAUGCCUCUCUCUUACAGGCUUUUGAUGUCCUGAGCAUGUCGUGUGGAACUGGCUCAGUAAAAUGGUGCUAUCAGUGCCCAGAUAAUUUUGGCUGGGAGCUGUAGUCUCAAAUUGGGUGACCUGUCCAAGCAAGAUUAUGAUUAAUGGCAGGUGUCCCCUGAAUAAUUCAAAUCUGACUUGCUCAUUUUUGCUCAGUGCCUGCUGACUGUAGCAUGUUUGCAUUUGUAUGGGCAAACACAAAUUUAUCAGCUGUCUUUUGGCUGCCUCUUCCCAAAUUGGCUAAUUACAUGAGAUUAACGCUUAGAGGCAGCAGUUCCAUCUCUUCUAGCACCAUCUGCUCGCCUGUGUGAGGCCUGUUAUUAUUUGCUGAUGUCUGGAUUCGGUUUAAUUUGACCCUGGCUAUAAGGUAUAGGAAUAAGUACCAUCUCCACAGAGAGACAAAGGCUUGGAACUUUACUGAAAGAAGGUUCAAAUGGAAGGAACUGUUUAUGGGAAAGGAUAUAAUAUAUGUUUUUUUUUUUAAAGUGCUGUUGGUUUUCAAAGUUGCAAACCUGCAAAAGGCUAUAGCACUUAAACAAUGAAGCUCUUAUAAUGCUUGACUAUUUUUGUCUCCAACAUACUUCUAUUAUCUGUUUUCUUCUUACUGCUUUGCCAAUUAUGGAGAGGAUUUCCCCCCAAUAAAUUCUAUGUAGGAAUGACCCAAACAUGAAAGUUGAACACAUCCAUAUGAAAUGCUUUUGAAAAAUAGUUACUUUGUGACUUUUCAGGUAUAACUUGUUGGAAGAUGAACAAUAUCCAAGGUUUAGAUUUAAUCCAUUAUUCAAGUCAUAAGAUUAGAACCUCAUAUUUUUAAAUCAUUGUAGUGGGGCAUAGAUAAGGAAUAUAAGCACUGAGUAUGCCAUGUUGAUAUCUGUUCUAUUUAAGAACAUACUUGCUGAUGGCAAGCUGUUUGAUCUAGAAUAUUAAAAAAAAACACCUCACAGGCAAAGUCUAUGGGCAUGGUGAAAUCAGCAAAUAUUCCUUUUCCUUUCCGUGUGAAAUUAGCAUAGCUAUAAUUUAAAGAAAUGACCUGAGACACAAUCACAUUAAGAUUCCCUGAUGCUGCAUUAUUAAUUUAAAAAGCUUUCCCUACUGAGAGUGAGGUACUUUGUGGCAUGUGUCAUCUUGCACUAAUAUCAUUAGUUACUUGUAGGAUCCCUUGCCCUGUUUGGUGUUCUAUGGAUAGAUUUGAUGCUGAUGAUUUGGGAGUGGCGUAGCUAACUACAUAACCACAGCAUUCCAAAUUGGGAAAAGCUGAUUUAGGGCAGGAAGCCCCAAAUUAUCAUUGAGGUAAUGAUAAUGAAAUUCUCUUGAAUUUAAAGUGGAGGACCUGUAAAAUAAAGAAGCAGGGUGAUUUGUGGAUUCAGCCUGAGAAAAGGCAUAAUAAAUGGCAUAAAUGGUGACUCAAAACCGCUUAAGUUGCUUUCUGUAGAUGUGUAAAGUGAUUGAACAAAGAAAAUCGAAUUACCUUGAGCUGGAAAGUCUGGUUAGCAUUUUUAAGUGCCUAAACUACUUAAAAAAGGAAUUUUCCUAAGAUCAGCUAUAGAGUCUCAAGUCUGAACUUCUGAAGCCUUCUGAAAAGGAUCAGAACUUUCCUGCCCUUGUUUGCAACAACUCCUGUCGCUCUUGGCUACAUCCAAAUUAGCUGUGUCCCAAUGUUUGUUUGUUUUUUCUGUGAGAGAUAGCACUUUUCACAGAAGGAUAUUGUUUUUCUGAAUCUUACUUUGUCCCUUCCCAAUCCUGGUUUAGGCUGUCCAUUUCCCCUCAGGGCUUAAAGCUUUGUUGGCAAGUCACUAGAUAGUGACUUGCCAGUUUCCCCAGGGAUGGACUCUGCAAUAUUGUUGCUGGGGCAUCACAUUGCAGUUGCUAAGGAACCUCCUCUUGAGGCACCACUGGGCUGGCAGUGAAAGGCCAGAUUGCUGCUGUGAAAUGAAACAGCCCUUGGCUUUUGUGGAAAUAUCAUAGCGGGCCCCUGGAAGAUGUUUUGCUAUACCCCUUCAGGUGGACUGGUUACAUCUUGCAAUCUUACUGUUAGAAUGAAAUCUCUUUUUCUGAUAGUCACCUCUUUUAAACUAUCUGGACCUUCCUUCACUUCUGGGGAAGCAUACUGUUUUUUUGUUUUUUUUCCAUUUAAUAGCUGGCUGUACUUGAAAAUUUUGGGAGUAAAUGAGAUCUGGAUGUAAAUGAUCAAGG